AUGACCACCGCACACAGACCUACCUUCGAUCCGGCUCGCGGCAAAGAAGCCCUCCGGGGCCCAGCCUACCACCAACGCCUCCAACCCGCGCACACACAACUCAAGUUCCGCCAAGCCGGGCAAGGCGGCGACGCAGACGACGAACCCGAGCGCGACCUCGCAGCUGAGCUUCUCGCCGCCGAAGCAGCCCACUUCUCCAAGAAGAAGGGCUCUAUCCCCGUCGACGAUGACGAUGACGACCACAGCGUAGCUGAAAAGCGACAACUGCCUUCUUCCAAUGGCGAGGAUGAAGACCCCGAGGCCAAAAGGCGGAGGAUACUGGAAGAGACGAGAGAUAUAGACGCCGACGAUAGCAGCGAGGAGGAGGAGGAAGAUAGCGACGACGACAGUGAUGAUGAGGAUGCAGAACUGCAACGGGAAUUGGAGCGCGUGCGGAGGGAGAGGGAGGAGAAGAAGAAGCGAGAGGAGGCGGAAAAAGCAAAAGAAGAAGAGGAAGAGCGGGAGCGCAAUAUCGCACUGGGCAAUCCACUCCUCAAUAAGCAGGAUUACGCGAUGAAGAGACGCUGGGACGACGACGUGGUGUUCAAGAAUCAGGCGCGUGGGACGGAGGACAAGAAUAAGAAGAAGGAGUUUGUAAAUGAUAUGUUGCGGUCCGAUUUCCACAGACGCUUCAUGAGUAAAUACGUUCGAUAG